GAGACACCACACAAGAACAUGAAACAAUGAAUAUUUUGUAUUGUAUAAUAUAUUCACGAGUAGUUUUGUAGCACUUGCAUUUACUGACCAAGUUUGACACUUUGAGUUUAAAAUGCUUUUGUGAACCAGGGCUGGGCGACGUGGACCAAAACUCAUAUCCAGAUAUAUUUAGUUUGAAUAUUCAUAUACAAUAUUUUUCCACAAAGUGAAUUUCGACCAAAGUCAAAGCCAAAUAUGCGUUCAAAGUUCUAUUAAACAGGCUGAAAUAAAAUACUAUAUUCUCUUUUUUCAAUAAAUAUAGAAAAAGUUACAAAUAAUGUUCAAUUUUUUUUCUUAGCGCUUCCAUCUCAUGUUUCCCCAUGAUGACAGAUAGUAAACACGGUUUACACGGUCUUUGUCGGGCAACCUUUGUACAGUCUUUUUCGCUGUUCACUCCCGCUAUGCAGCCUCUCCUCCUCAGUAUCUCCACGGGGAUCUCCAGUCGCUCGGCGCAGCAAAGGGGUGCUCAAAGCUAACAGCUGUUCCCAAGUGUAAACAUUAGCGCAAUAGUAAAGCAAGAUGGAACAAGAUGAACAAAUGAACAUCCAUAGCUGGCACAAAAAAAUAAUUAAGUAAUAAAUAAAGCACUAUUAAAAACACUACAAACACUGCAGAAGAUAGGGAGCAGCCGUAACUAGCUUGCACUCGGGCGGUGCCAUCUUGAAACAUGAGACUGACGCAAAAUCCAGUCUAUAUCGAUAUGAACGAUAUGUUUACUUAUGAUAUCGUGCUUAAAAGAGAUAUCAAUAUUUUACAAAUAUUGAUAUAUCGCCAGCCCUACUGUGAACACAGUUGAAAUAGUGCGGUAAAACUGAAGUGCUCCUUCAUUAGCCUCUACGUUAACUCGCUAGCUUACCUACUAAGUUUACUAGCAUGGGUAGACGCUCAGUAUGGUCUAUCUAUUUAUUUAUUACAUUUAUUUAGUAUAAUUUUGUUUAUACUUGGGAACAUUGGAAUGACAUGUGAACAACUCCUGAUUGCAAUAUUAAUAGGACUUUAUGUUUCUGGUUCAUCAUAGCUUUAUGAUAUCCAACAAAUACAGUACAUAUCUAACUUUGCUUUGAGCACUUUACAGUGGAAUUUCACAUUCAACAGUAGGUCCAUUGUGCAUGGACACAAGCUUAAGGGAAUAGUUCAGUUUUGUUUUUUAUUUAUACAUGAAGCUGUAUUACAUCCAUAUCAGCAGUGUAGUGCAUCCCCCAUUUUGUCCUGUGAGUCUAAUUCUGGUCGGUUCACGUUGUAGAGGAAAAUAGUUCUGUCUAGUUGCUGGGAUCUAUUAAGUGUUUUGCUUUUUCAAAACAAUAUGCACUCAAAAGAGUAAUACAUUUGCAUCACAAAACCACCGCCCACAAAAAAAGUCAGACCUCUCAAUCGCUGUGUAAUUUCUCUCCGUUCGCAUCACUGAGCGCUGCCGCUUGUCCAUUGUUUAUAUGCGUGGAUCAAGAACGCUACAAUUCCAACUCUUUUGCGGGAUCUUGCCAAAAAGUUAGGUCUCCAAAAUAAUCCAUUGAGUACAAACUCAUGGCUUUGCACUUCAUUAAUACGUUGAAUUAUCAUUAAAUGAUUAAUGCACUCGCUUUGUCAUAUGCAAAAACAGAGAGCGGAGUUGAAAAUUAUAAACGUUAAACCAUGGAGACACAGAAAUAACAUGUACAUAAGUACAUAGGAUACAUGAAGUAAAAACAGUUUGUUUGGUAAAAGGACAAGGUACACACAUGUUCUAUGGGCAAGUUUCCUGGUUUGACCAGUAGAUUGUGUUGCACAAUAAAAAAUUAAAUUGCAUAAACUUCUCGGAGGGCAUGGGGGUGGCGCACCCUCCAAAUAUAAUGUAGUAUUAUUAGUAUUAUGCUAUUUGCAUGAAUUACAGUGGGAUGGAAGACUACAACCUGUGUUUUUAAUUUUCUGUAUGCAAACCAAAAUGUUUUCUGGCUACCUUGCUUUUUAAGAAAAUCAACCAUGUCUCUUUUAUGUGACAAAAAAAGAUAUCACCCAAGUCCACUCAAACAAUGAAAUUAAUUUUUGAAAUGUUAUAUUCGACUUGUCAGCAAUUCUCAUCGAUUAUAAAAUAUAUAUGCCAUAGCAUGAAAGGAAUCACAAUUUGAUUGACAUAUCUACAAAACUAAAAAAUACAAUCAACACACACAAAAAGAGCAAAAAAAAUAUCUGCAAGCAUCAAUGAACAUAACCCUCUGCUACUUCAACAAAUAAUUCAUGUCAGUCUUUCAGAAAUCAAGUGUUGUAUCUCAUAUUUCAAUGUCACACCAUCAGAUAAAACACUAUUGUACAUGACAUGACGUGACACGGCACAACAGACGUCUACCUGGGCCUCACAAGCUAUGAAAGAGGUUAUAGUCAUAUGUAUACACAUUUUAAAAACCAUAUUUUACAUUGCUCCACGAUCAAAAAUGUGUACAUCUAGACACACUGCAUUUAAAAACACAUUCUGGCCAAUCACAAGGCCUGUGAUGAAAAUCAAUAAAUCACACAAUAGAGAAAAAUGAAGUAUAUUGACACGGACAAGGGUGUUUGUUUUCCUCCUCUCGCUCUACUAAGCAGGCUGGAUGCAGGAGAUUUCACUAUAUGAGAUUUCACUAUAUAUGUCUCAACACCUGGAUGCGUUGAUUCUAUAGCGGAAUGAACACACUGGGUCUCUCCUGUCAGUCAUUGAGUCUUGUCCGAGUCGAGAGAGGUAAAACUUAAAUAGGUCCACAUACAGAAACUUUCCUCAAGCUUCGGUAUGACUCUAGUUUCCCCAUAAAAUGUGUGGCGUAACCAUGUUAUUUUAUUGGCAUGCUUUUAUUUUCAGUUGUUGAUAAAGUAGCCAAUAAAGUAGCUUCUGUGUUGAAUACGCCUUACUAUGUUUUUAACCUUCCUCUUGUGUUAGCUUUCUGGUAUCAUCUCUUAUAAUACAAGGUCGGUUUUGACCCAUGUAUUAAAAUCAGCUAUAAAAUACACUAAAAACACAAGUUACCAUCAAAUUAGCUUCUCGUGUCUUGGUUACCCUUCUUAGGCUUCCUCAUCCAUGAAAAUGUUGGAUUUAAUACUUUUGGUGUGGGCAUGUAGCCUUUUUUUGUCACUAUACCCCUCGAGUUCAAUUUCCAAAAAUGGUAAAAUGAACCUCAAAAGAAUCAUAUUAAUAAAUUGAAGGUUCUUUUGUUACCUGGCGAUUACUGAGAGCUAUAGAACAUCAAUUCGAUUCAAUUAGUUUUAUUUAUUUUCUCAUUUUAGUAUUAAUCACUAGAACUAUAUAUGGUGUCCGUGUCAAUUUUGGCCCUAUAUGUAUUAAUGUCAAGAAAAGGUAGAAAAAGUGAUUGUUUUCAGCAACAGAACUUUAGUAUAAACUGAAAUCAAAAAGCAGAACAGGUCCAGAUCUUGGUUCACUGUACUUCUUGCCAUUCUUUUCAUGAUCCAAAUUGUAAAUGUGAAAUCAGCCAGUCAAAUGAGUGAAUUCACUUCACAUGUAUACUGGAAAAGCGGUCAAAAGGAGAAUCCCCUGAAGCUUACAUGAUGGUUGUCAUUGUGUUGGCUAAUUGUACACUUAUGAUCUCAGUUGUGGAUCAAAAUAUUGCUUUAUAGUCAUAUUAUUAUAACCCGGUCGAAUCUGACCAUAACAAUACAGUGGUCAUAAUUUCAACUAGACCAUUUUAAAAUGUAGUAAAAAUAAUUUUUUUUGUUUUAUUUGGUUGAAAUAGAGUUUCCUGACAAAGUCAAAAAAGCCUUGAUGCAAAUGUUAUGUGAUUCUUUUUGUGCAUUAAAAUGUAAAACGGGACUGUGCCGACCCUAACACAAGAGAAGGGUUAACCCACACACAAUGCAGCUUUCACUUGUGUCACUAUCUUUUCUGUAUACAUGACUUGUUUCGCCUUUCACUGUAACACCCUUUCAUUCUGCCAUAUUGCUUACUUCACUUGUCUCAUCUUCUGUUUGUUAUAGUUUGAGUUGCAAUUUCUUACCAUGACUGGUAAUGACUGGUGGUCUUGAACGUAACCCCGGUGAUCUAAUGUACUUACAACUUUUACAAUGAUUAAGCAGCCCUUUUUCCAAAAGCUAUAAAAAGGCCUCAAAAUGGAUGAAAUAGUUUGAAUGUAACUUGAAGAGGAUGCGGAUGCAGUGUCUCAGCAUGACUAUUUGGCAUUCAUUUGAUGUGAAGGGAAUCAAGGAGUCAAUGAUAUUUCAAAGGGAGCAAUGCAACUGUCACCGUAAAGAGCUCCGCGGCAGGACAACUCAAGAAAACCAGAUUGAUGUUCAAAAGCUUGUUGUGAUUUAAAGACAAAGUUAUAUGCGGGUUCAAUGGCAUCCGUCCAAUAUGUCUCCAUCCAAACAAACUGCUAAUUCGCGGCUAAAGCUAAGCUAGCUGCUAUACAGCGGGAAGGCUCUCUUAGAUCUUCGUACCCUUCUCUCCGUCCUCUGCGCUUCAGCAUAUUUUAAUCACGGUAUUGUCGUAGCGAUGUUAUUUUCUAAUUGCGAAUUUUAAACACGACCGCUUUGUCUUUUUGCCGAGCGCGUUCGGUGUCAACAACUCCCAGGGACGCCUGCUAUUGAAUGAACCCCGACAAGCAGCGGUGUCACCAACGCGAGCUGGCCGUUGUGUCUUGGGAGCUCGAAGGCCUCGUCCUCAGUGUGUGAUUUCAACAAAAGCUCUGACAAACAAACAGUGACAACUUGCUGUUGUUCGCAUUAAACGCUCAGACAUUUAUCGCCUUACCUUUGCUUUUGUGUAGAUGUGCGUGGCGAGUUUAACAACCGCGAAAUUUCCCUUGCCGAUGGUCCGCUCGAUCUCGUAGUGGCCCACUCGGGCAGGGGGGGGCCUGGUGGUCGAAGUCUGGACAGGAUUGGUGAUGCACCCGGCGGCGGCGCUCGGACGACUGGCGUGGCUGAGCCCGGCGGAUGGCUGGACUCGGUUCUGGGGGCCCAUGCCGGCGUGGGUCGGUCGGGCAGAGUGCGUUAUCCCGGCCGCGGGAGUCCCAGCAGCGCCUCCGCUUGACACGGCCGCCAUCUUCUCGCCUCUCUGCGGGAACAACAAGCAGCCUUGCGCAGCGCGCGCACACCCCCGCCCUGCGUCAUUUUACGUGCGGCGCUACUUCGCAGCGCCCUCUCUAGGUUGUUACCAUAGAAACGACCAGCGUAACACAUGACCUCAUCUACAAGAACGUGUUGCGGUCGCCAAGGCGACGCGAGAAGUGCGCAUUAUCGCUCUGGCUCCCAUCAUUCCGUGAUCCAUUGCAGAGUGAGGGGAUGAAUUUGACUACAGCGUUAAACCAUGCAUUACUGACCAUGCGCAUUUUAAUAAGGUGUUCAGUCAUAGUCAUUGCAGCAUUAGUACGAGCAUGUUAUUUGAAAAUAUCGCUUAGGUCAUUGAUCUGUUUUCAGGUAAUGGUUAUCCCUUGCACAGAUUUGCUGUAAAAUAAUCAAAGAAAAAGAGGGUGUGAAAUUAAAGGCCAUAUUCUAUUCUCUUCUAUUGUAUUUCAUUCCAUCCUACCGUAUUGUACAAUUCCACAAUGUUGUAGACAGCACCGUCUAGUGGUGAAAUAAGUUAUUGCACCUUAUCAAUAAAAGAUUUUGUAAUGGGGAGAGUAAAUAAUAGUUACUCAUUCUGAAAAACAAAUCAAAUGACUAAAUCUAAUAUUUAAUGUAAUAUAUUAGCCUAUUAUUAUUACUAUCAUUAUUCUUCUGAUUAUGACUACUAGUAGGUUAGUAUUAGCCUGCUUAUUGGCUUGCUUAUUAGCCUGUUUUUGCCUUAUUAUAUGAAAUUUUUCAGAGAUGAAGCCCCCAUAAAAUAUUGCACAAUUCCACAAUGUUGUAGACAGCACCGUUUAGUGGUGAAAUAAGUUAUUGCACCUUGUCAAUAAAACAUUUUCUAAUAGGGAGAGUAAAUAAUAGUUACUCAUUCUGAAAAACAAAUCAAAUAACUAAAUGUAAUAUAUUAGCCUGAGAGUAAAUAAUAGUUACUCAUUCUGAAAAACAAAUCAAAUAACUAAAUGUAAUAUAUUAGCCUAUUAUUACUAUCAUUAUUUUUCUGAUUAUGACUACUAGUAUGUUAGUAUUAGCCUGCUUAUUGGCUUGCUUUUUAGCCUGUUUUUGCCUUAUUAUAUGAAAUGUUUCAGAGAUGAAGCCCCUAUAAAAUAGGCCUAAUGACGCCACUGAUACAUGCCUAUGACAGUGUCGAUUAAUACAAAUAUUUUUUUAAUAUAGAAUUUUAACCAGCACACCCAUGAUCUUAAUGAGGAUAGGUGGUAUAGCAAUGAAUGAAUGAAUGAAUGAAGGCUGGGCGAUUGAUUUUUUUUAUUGUUUUAAAUGACAAUAAGAGGGGUGGAAAAUAAUUAAAAUUAUUCAUCAAUAAAAACAAAAAAUAAACAGCCUUUAUAUGUAUCAGAGCAUAACACAAUCUAACAAUGCAUCAAUGCCUAUACGAACAACAACAAAAAAUAUUUUUUAUGUUAUAAUGUUGUAUCGAUUCCUAACUGGUAUCUGACUACCGACAUUUGGAUCGAUCAGCCCACCCGUAUUGAACAGUUACGUCUGUGUCCGGCAGAGGGUGCUGUUGUUACAUGUUAUUUUCCCGUGAGGAAACAAGAGAAUUGCUUAAGCUCAGCCACUAUUUCAACAAUCACACAAGCCAACGGCGACGCCACAAGCUAGUACAAAUUGUGACACCAGGAAGGACCAAAGCGAUUUGAAAGCUUCGAACCGCCGUGUUUCCUACCCCACCAUCUGUGUCGUCGGACUCUUAACUUGCACAUCAAAACAUGGAGCUGUUGACUUAGCUCAUGAUGGUAGCCAGCUAGCAGGACUUAGCACAAACAACAGCAAUGGUCUCCUCAAGAUUGGCUUUGUUUCACAGAAAAAGGAAGGCUUUAAAGACGGUUUUCUUUUGACUUGCUGUCUCGGACCGUGUGACUUUUAAGGUGAACAACCCGGAGCCUGUUGUCUCCAUCGGGUUCGGGACGAAUCACAGCUGUAAAGCUACAGUAGGUGUUCCUAUGCUAGCAGCUAUUAUUAUUCGGGGUCAUGGCUGGACCCGACACAGUUUGACUUGUGGACCUGUUUACUGAUACUUUGGAGUCAUUUCAAUGGAGGUUUGACAGUUUUCGUGAGACAAAAUGCUGUUUAGGAGUCACUGGAAAUCUCGGUAUAAAACUAUUAGUGGAGCUGCUGACUGCUGGUGGCGGCCAUGGCUGGUCCUGUUGUGGUGGUCAUGCCUGACCCAGUCAACCUGUGGCAGCGGGGCCCUUGAGGAGAGCAAACAUCUCGUCAUCCAGAGAGACGGCGAGUUUGACGUGACCUACAAUGACACGGUUACCAGCGAAAACCAGACCAUCUAUGCUUUCAAUCAUACUGUCUCCUGGAACAAGACGGAAGGAGUGCGGGUAUCCGUGGACGUGCUGUCACAGAACCUGAAGAGUCCGAUCCUGUUUGUGGUGCGUCAGAAGCAAGCGGUGCUCUCGUUUCAAGUCCCUCUCAUCCUUCGAGGCCUGUACCAGAGGAAGUAUCCAUACAAUCAUUUAGGCCGGACAUUGUGCCAGCCUCCAACAAAGUCCGCAUCAGAGACGCAGUACUUCUUUGUGGAUGUUUCUACACUUUCCAACCAGGGUACAAAUUACCAACUGAGGGUCAGUCGGGUUGAAAGCUUCACCUUGCAGACAGACAAGACAUUCAGCUUCACUGCGUCCCCAUCCCAACCCCAGUACUUCAAGUAUGUAUUUCCUGAAGGUGUGGACACUGUGAUUGUGAAGGUCAGCUCAGACAUGAACUUUCCCUGCUCUGUCAUGUCCAUCCAGGACAUUCAGUGCCCUGUCUAUGACUUGGAUAAUAAUGUGGCCUUCAUCGGGAUGUAUCAAACUAUGACCAAAAAAGGUGCCAUCACAGUACAGAGAAAAGAUUUCCCCAGCAACAGCUUCUACGUGGUGGUCGUAGUCAAAACGGAGGAUGAGGCCUGCGGGGGUCCACUGCGUUUUUAUCCACUGCGACCAGAUGAGCUGAUCGAUGCUGGCAACCGCAGCAAAAUCCUCGACGUAGUGGUCUCCCCUGCUAUUAAGUCGGAGGUGUAUGUGAUGGGCAUGCUGUUCUGUCUGGGUAUUUUCCUCUCCUUCUACCUGCUCACUCUGCUGGUGGCCUGUCUGCAUAAUAAACGAGCCAAGAAGAGAGAGCUCUUUGAGAAUCUUGCUGACACAUCACCUGCUGAGACAGCCUCUCUGCUUGGAAAAAAUGGUGAUGGCAAGACUCCAGCUUCCCCGAAUGAAUAUGGCUCUCUUACAGACAGCACCGUGAGUUCAGAGGCGGUCACCGACGGCGCACCCUCACUUGACAGUGCCGCGUCUGCCGACAACUACGGAUAUCUGGGAAGGGAGCCUUUCAAACGUCGACCAAUCCUCAAUCAGACGCAUCAUAUAGCCAUCCGUUUUGCAGAGCGGCCUUUGGAGAAUGUUGGAAGAAGCAGACAAGAGUCUUUGAGCUCCAUCGAAGAGGAUGACUAUGACACACUGGAUGACAUCAACUCGGACAAAAACAUUGUCCGCACAAAGAAGUAUCUUUGUGUGUCAGACCUGUCUCGCAAAGACAAGAGGGUCCUCAGCAAGAAAUAUCAAAUCUACUUCUGGAACAUUGCCACCAUUGCAGUUUUCUAUGCCCUGCCUGUGAUCCAGCUGGUCAUCACCUAUCAAACGGUUGUUAACGUGACUGGAAACCAGGAUAUCUGCUACUACAACUUCAUGUGUGCUCAUCCUCUGGGAGCUCUGAGUGCAUUCAACAACAUCCUGAGCAACCUUGGCUACGUGAUGCUGGGACUCCUCUUUCUUCUCAUCGUCCUCAAGAGAGACAUCGUGCACAACAGAGCUCUGUCCUGCCAAGAUAUCAACGCAUUGGAAUGUGGCAUCCCAAAGCACUUUGGUCUCUUCUACGCCAUGGGAACCGCUCUCAUGAUGGAGGGCUUACUCAGCGCCUGCUACCAUGUUUGUCCCAACUAUACCAACUUCCAGUUUGACACGUCCUUCAUGUACAUGAUCGCUGGCCUGUGUAUGUUGAAGUUGUACCAGAAGAGACACCCGGACAUCAACGCAAGUGCUUAUACUGCCUACGCCUGCCUGGCUGCAGUCAUCUUCUUCUCCGUGCUUGGAGUUGUGUUUGGGAGAGGAAACACUGUGUUUUGGAUCAUAUUCUCGGUGAUCCACAUUUUGGCUACACUGCUCCUCAGCACGCAGCUUUAUUACAUGGGAAGAUGGAGGCUUGAUUCAGGCGUCUUACGUAGGAUGGUUUACAUCGUCUAUACAGAUUGUAUCAGACAGUGCAGCGGGCCCAUGUACAUUGAUCGCAUGGUUCUGCUGGUCAUGGGAAACAUCGUCAACUGGUCACUUGCUGCCUACGGCCUCAUCGAGAGGCCCAAUGACUUUGCCUCCUACCUGCUGGCUAUCGCCAUCUGUAAUCUUCUGCUCUACUUCGCCUUCUACAUCAUCAUGAAGCUGAGGAGCGGUGAGAGAAUCCAGUGUCUGGCAUUGGUGUGUAUUCUGUUCACGGCAGUGGUGUGGGGCUUUGCGCUCUAUUUCUUCUUCCAGGGUCUAAGUACCUGGCAGAAAACACCGGCCGAGUCACGUGAGCAUAACAGAGACUGUAUCCUGCUUUCAUUUUUUGACGACCACGACAUUUGGCACUUCCUGUCGUCCAUCGCCAUGUUUGGAUCCUUCUUGGUUCUCCUGACCAUGGACGAUGACCUCGACACCGUCCAGAGAGACAAGAUCUACGUGUUCUAAGACAAGAUCUACGUGUUCUAAAGUUCAUCAGAUCUGAGAAGUGCAUUCUACUUCUUGCCUUAUUGUCCUUCUCAAUCCAUCCAUGUGAAAAAGCAAAGCAAGUCGCCUUCCGGGAUGUCCGUGUGUCCUCCAAUCAAGACUUACGUUAAACCAUUUUCUCAUUGCUGCCAUUAACGAUCUUGCUGUUUUACUUGAUACUGCGUACAAUGAUACUGUGUACAAUGAAGUUUAACAAAUAGCUGAAAAUUAUUUAUUGUUGAAACUGUAUUGAAAUGUUUUUUGUUGACUGCAAAUGAAUGUUUAUAUGCUGUAUGGAUGCGUCAAAUGUCUUUUUACAAAAAAAAAAAAAUGUCCGUUAUGUGUCGACAAGCCAGCCAAUGCAGUUUUCUGGAGAAUAUUUCAAUGAUUGUAUGUAUGAUGGAAGUAUUUUUUGCACUAAAAAACGUUCAUGUCGGACAUGGCAAUCAGCAGUUACUGAAUAAAGGUUCCUUGUCCGGUAAACAA